GAUGAAUGCGUGGUUCUUUUCAACUGUCGUCGUCGCAAUCGCCGUGGCGAUCACUCCGACACCCAUAUCGGCACAACCGCUCGACGAUGUAGUGCUCGAAGGUGAUAAAGAGGUCGUCAUCGAUGCCCUGUCUACGCCGGCUGGCAUCCGUAACUUCGUCGGAAUCGGCUACAACAUCAUCGACGGAAACCCCGAGGGCGGGGAUCUCCUAGGCGGUGUUGAUCCCGGUCUUUUAACCAAUCGACCCAUCUUGAAACUCACGUACGACAAACAGAUCGUAUCUCAGGACGGGUACCUGCUCCCGGACCAGGUCCUGUACACGAUCCGACAGAGCCAGGACAAGACCCAAGAGACCUUCUACGGGACCAAGAGCUACGCAGAGAAGGUCCAGAGUGACAUCGAGGAAUCGCAUAACGUUCAAGGAAAGUUUAGCCUCGUCAAGUUUUCUGGAAGUACACGCUACUCCGAUGUAGCUGCAAGCAUAGAUGCCUACCGCUACGUCUACCACGAAGAACGCGAGGUGCACCUUCACUCCGAAGCCCGGUACCGACUUGAAUUGGCCGAUUCUGAAAGGUGGCCACUGGACGAUGGUUUCGUGGCGGCGGCUUGUUCGGGGCUCACUCCACAUUACGACAACACGACCUAUUUUAAGUUUAUCGAUACUUGGGGAACGCAUGUUGUUACAGAGGUGGACCUAGGAUCCAAAUCGGCAACACGGUACGAAGAAACGACACAAGGAUUCGUGCACUACGCCCACUCUGAGGUCUCGAACAGCGUGUCGUUCCAAGCCGAUGUGAUACCCGGGUUCAAAGCCGGUGUGGUGGUCGACAUGGACAAGUUCAUAGCUGGGUUCCAGGUCGGGAUGAGCUUUGGGACCAAAACUCACACAUUUACAGCAGGGGGAGAAGAAUACCCAGAACCGAUUGGGAUGUGCUUGAGUGGUAUGCACGAGAUCUUCGAUGUAGCUUAUUGGAGGCGUUUCAACGAUUACGUAAGCGAUGGUCGAUGCGAUCCCGAAUGGUUUAACUCUCUUGACGUCAUCGCCACCAACAUGGAGAAAGCCUUGAACAACUAUGCAGUGUGGAGGAAUGCCCAAGCAUCGAAAGAUCCACUGGUUGCCAUUCCGAUCACGUGGCCCAAAGGAUCAUACGGACUACCAAUGCCUCACAUUGGUUGCCCCGAUAACCACUUCAACUGGGCCGAAGGAUGGCGGUAUCAGGAUACCGAGGACGUGGGUGCAGACAACAGAUGGAGCAAUCCUUGCCAUCUGAAAGGACCAUAUUGGGCGAACAACAUGAACUCAAACUUCUGCAUGAAGACCAAGACAACAGAGGACAACUAUGACUGGCCGUUUCAGCAGGGGGUCUACUGCGUGUACAAGAAAGGAGAAUGUCCUUCAGGUCUCUCUGAAGGUUUCGUCUAUUGGGACGACGAGGACUUCGCCAACACUAACGAUUUUGACGGAGAGAUCCCCGAUGGUAGUUACGACAAAAACACCAGGAUCUACUACUGUUGCAUGACUGAUGGGUAUGCCAGCAACCCCAUCUACCUACCCACGGACCACCCAUUCUUUCUGAUGAAGUUCAACCAUCAGUGCCAGGAGGUAUAUGGGAUGAAGGUAACCAACGAAUACUUCCGAUGGGAUACGACUGAUGUCUUUCCGAACGAUGAUCACGGUGGCGCACAUCCAUACCCGGGGGUCGUUAAGGGCGAUGACAUCAUCCUCGAAUACUGCUACUACGAACCACUAGCUUAAAUAUUUCCAGCGUGUCAAUUAGCAACCUCGAUAUUAAUUAUUUGAUUUAAUAUGAUCUGUUUCUUUAGCAAACAUUUUUAUGAACAUAUAAAUAUAUAUCUGCUAUAUGAUUGUGAAUAUACAAACCUGACAAAUAUGAUAUGAUAUGUCAAAGAUACGUCACUAUGACGUAAUGGAAAUAAUGAGCGUUACCGAAUAUAACGAGAGGUGCCUGCAUAUUAGUUAAGUGUGUCGCCUUGGAAAUGCUCUAUGGCUCAAACAAAAUCAGUGACUAACAAAUUUCAUUUGAUAAAAACAAAUCAUAGUUCGAUAACAUUACAGGAGAUGUUGUAAUUGUAAGAUUAAACGGCCUGUCAAUAACAGAAGGCCUGCCGCCUUUCUGUACAUCUGAUCUGAUCGCCGAGACACAGCCUUCUUGGUUUGAAAUAAAUACCCCAAUUAACCUGUAAAA